CCGGUCUGAUGACGCACCCCGUCCUCGUACGACGGUGCAGGGACACGGUGUGAGGAGUCUCCCGUCCAACCCUGACACGAUUAACCGGAUUAAACACAGUUUUUUUUUCAAGGAGUUUCCCCAGCUCUUCUGUGCGUGAAAUGAUGAAAAACGGCCACCACGCUGCCGACGAGCAGCGGGGCGGAGGCGACUGCAAGCCGGCGAAGUCACACUGCAGCCCGGAGAAAAGGAAGCGACAGGUCCGGUUGUGGUGCGACGGCUGUUACGACAUGGUCCACUACGGUCAUUCCAAUCAGCUGCGGCAAGCAAAAGGCAUGGGAGAUUACCUCAUUGUUGGAGUGCAUACAGAUGCGGAAAUUUCCAAGCACAAAGGUCCUCCAGUGUUCACUCAGGAAGAACGCUACAAGAUGGUGGGUGCUAUCAAGUGGGUGGAUGAGAUUGUGGAAGGAGCUCCCUACGUCACCACACUGGAGACUCUGGACAAGUUCAACUGUGACUUCUGUGUGCAUGGUGAUGACAUCACGCUGACAGUGGAUGGUAAGGACACGUACGAAGAGGUGAAGCGAAUGGGACGCUAUCGGGAAUGUAAGCGCACUCAGGGAGUCUCCACCACAGACCUUGUAGGACGUAUGCUGCUCAUGACCAAGUCACAUCACAGCAACAUGGACAACCCAGAUUACCAGCAGUAUACAGACAAUUUUGGCAAGGGUCCUAAAGGACACAGUCCAUGGACUGGCGUGUCUCAGUUCUUGCAGACGUCCCAGAAAAUCAUCCAGUUCGCCUCAGGAAAGGAGCCUCAGCCUGGAGACACCAUCAUCUACGUCGCCGGGGCAUUUGACCUCUUCCACAUCGGCCAUGUUGACUUUCUAUCAAUGGUCUACAAGUUGGCAGAGAGACCAUACGUCAUUGUUGGUCUGCACUUUGAUCAGGAGGUCAACCGCUACAAGGGGAAGAACUACCCAAUCAUGAACGUCCAUGAGAGGACUUUGAGCGUCUUGGCCUGUCGGUAUGUGUCAGAAGUGGUGAUUGGUGCUCCUUAUGCUGUGACCAAAGACCUGCUGGAUCAUUUCAAGGUGGACAUGGUUUGUCACGGCAUGACUAAAGUGUUACCUGACAAAGAUGGAUCAGACCCUUAUGCUGAGCCCAGGAAGAGAAGAAUAUUCAAGAGCAUUGACAGCAGGAACAAUCUCACUACUGAUGACAUCGUGCAGAGGAUCAUUGCAAACAGGUUGCAGUUUGAAGCCAGGAACCAGAAGAAGGAGGCCAAGGAGAUGGCAGUGAUCGAGGCCAUGAAGAAGAGAGAAGAAUCUGCUGACUAGACAAAUGAGGAACACAUUCUACAUAUUCUAGGUACUUAAUGACUAUAGAGUACACAUAUGUCUAUGCCCUACAUAGUCUUUGUGCUACAAGGAGUAUGUAGUACAUGUCUAACUUUUACGCAAUGUAAGUGCUACAUGUACAACUACAUCAAUGGUUCCCAAACUUUUUCCACUAAGUACCACGUCAGAAAACACUUGGCUCUCUAAGUACCACCAUAAUGACCAACAAUAAAACACAGUAACAUAAUAACCCUAAGAAUUCAUUAAAAACAAGGGAGAGCUUUUAUUUAACAAGGAUAUUAAAUAUGUUGGGCCACUUACACACAGUUUGAACAGUAACACAGUGUUUGAAUAUAGGAAAAUAAAACCCUGUACUUAAAUAAUAAAUCAAUUACAAUUAAUUGACAUAAAAGUUAAUUAAACAUAAAUAUCAAAAUACAAUUUUUAAAGUUUCAAUGAAAAUGUACUUACUUGUUUAUUUUGGAGUCAACUACAGUAGUUGGAUUGUAACGACUUCCAUUGAGGGCUGAUAAACCUUUGAUUAUGUCCCGAGUCACGUCAUUACAAUAUUUCAUGAAGUGAUUCUUUGGCGUGCCACAGUUUGAAAAUCACUGAAGUACAUGUUCAGUGUAGUACAUGGCUAUAAAAUACAUGUACCAUGUGGUACAUGUGUAUAAAGUACAUGUACCAUGUAGUACAAGUGUAUAAAAUAUAUGUACCAUGUAGUACAAGUGUAUAAAAUAUAUGUACCAUGUAGUACAAGUACAGUCUGUGUGCUCGAGGUUGAGGGUAAAGACCGACUUGGUCUUCAAUGCUUCCAGACUUUCUGUUGGUUUUCCUUCAUGCUACUGAUGUAAUUCUACAGCUUAUAUCUCUAGCAUGUCUUAUGUGAAUGUACCAGUCCUGUUUUAAAUAUUAAUUUGCUAACAAAAUAUUAAUCUUUUUGUUAGUUCACUUUGAGUUUUACAUUAAAAUAAUGUAAGUGGUUCAUGCUAUUCAUAUUUAGAUCAAAUCAUCUAUUUUUAACUGGAUUGCAACCGCCUGAACAACUGUGUGUGUACAUACUGUAUCUAAAGGAAUGUAAAAGAUAAAAAGUGUCAUUUAAAAUAAUGAAACAUGACUCAGACGUUUUGUCAAUAACUAAUAUGAACAAAACAAACUAGUUUUGUGUUACAUCUGACAAAGCUAAAUAGUGUCAUAUGUACAAAUAGUUCGUAAUAAUUGAUGACUUAAUUUAUUUUUACAAAAACUGCUGAGAGACAAUAAAAAGUUUUGUUGUAAAAGUUUUGUUUUUGUACAAAUAUUUUUUUUUUAAAUUAUGAGCACGAAACACAGAAUAUUGUAACAGCACAUGGGACAGACAUUUCUACUCCUGUGUCAACUUUGACCUGAUUGGAGAUCAGUUUCAGGGAAUAAAAAUGUUCAUCAAACAGAAAUACCGUUUUA